AUGGCAACUGAAAACGUGCAGGAAGCUGCGGCUGCUGCCGCGGAAAAGCUGGCGGAGGCGGCAGCGGCCGCUGGUGGCGAAGGGUCGCCGGGGAAGGAUGACGUGGAGGAGAUGAUGCUCAGCGGUGAGCAAGACCAGUGGAGCUUCUUGACGAAGGCCGCCGUAGCCGUCAUGGUGAUCAUCGUGUGCCUCAUUGCAAACAAGGUUAUCCGAGGUGAAACUCCGGAGGAGAAGCGGCUGCGGUUGAGGAACCAACGAAGGGCUAAGAAGAAGGCCGACUCUAAGAACGAGCCGGACGUGUCACGAUCGGACGUCAAGGUGGAGGUUACGGGUAGCAUGCUCAAGCUCAGCCUUCGCAACCAGCCAGUGAUAGCGGGCAACUUGUUCAAGCCGGUCGACCCGGAGGGCUGCACUUGGCAGAUCGAUAAUCCGGGACCGGGACAGCCGAAAGAGGUGACCAUCACCCUCCUCAAGGCCGAGCCGGCCAAGAGUCGCGAGGCGUGGUGGCGCGCCCCGUUGAAAGGCCUCGAGACCAGACGACCGGCCCCUAAGCCGGCCGAUCCGGAGAUGGUGCGGGAAGCCAUCGAGGCCUUCAUGUCCAAGUCCGCGGCGGGCGGUGGGCCCAAGCUUACCGCUAAACCCGGCCCCGCAGGGCGUUGGAGCCGUUGGCGGCGGCGGCGGCCAGCAGGCGGCCCCAGGGAACACCGUCACCGCCGCAGCCUCCAACGGGAACACCCCCCGCUCUGCGGCGGGUACGGCUGGAGGACCGGCACCGUCGGCGGGCGUAGCUGCCGCCGGCGCGGGAAAGUCCCCGGCGGGGGCGGGGAGCGGGGAGGCCGCCGGGGCGGCGGCAGCGGGGGCGGCGGCGGUGGCGGCGGCAGCGACCCCGCCGUCGUCCCAAAAGUCGGGCAAGGGCGGGGGAAAGAAGAAGAACCGCAAGAAGAAGUGAAGUGA